AUGAUCUCGUGGGGCGACGUGUACAAGGUGGCGUCGGCGCUGGUGCCGCUGUACGUCCCCCUGCUCCUGGGGUUCUGCUCGGUCCGGCGGUGGAAGAUCUUCACGCCGGAGCAGUGCGAGUCCGUCAACAGCCUCGUCGCCUUCUUCGCGAUCCCCUUCUUCACCUUCGGCUUCACGGUCCACACCGACCCCUUCCGGGCCAACUACCGCGCCAUCGCCGCCGACGUCAUCUCCAAGGCGGUCAUCGCCGCCGUCAUCGGCGGCUGGGUGCUCCUCACCGGGGGGCGCAAGAACGCCGUUAGCUGGUCCAUCACCGGCUUCUCCCUGUCCACGCUCACGAGCUCGCUCGUCGUCGGCGUGCCCAUGGCGCAGGCCAUGUACGGCGACUGGGCGCAGCAGCUCGUCGUCCAGCUCUCCGUCUUCCAGGCCAUCGUCUGGAUCACGCUCCUCCUCUUCGCGCUCGAGGUCAGGAAGGCCGCGCUCGGGACGACGACGCAGAUCCGCCGCGCCGCUGACGUUCAUACGUCCACGUUUCCUCAGUCGGCACUGGUCAUUGACAACGUUGAAGCAAGCAAUGCCGAGGCCAUUGGCGUCGCGCCGACCGUUGGCGGCGGCAGGCCGUCAAUCUGGAAGCUGGUCAAGGUAGUGUUGUACAAGUUGGGGCGCAAUCCCAACACAUAUGCCAGCGUGGGUGGCAUCAUGUGGGCCUGCAUUGCCAACACAUUGCAGAUAUCUUUGCCAAUCAUCAUCAAAAAUUCCAUUGGAAUAAUGGCCCAGUGUGGGAACGGCCUUGCCAUGUUCAGCAUGGGGCUGUUUAUGGCACAGCAGGAUAAACUGAUCCCAUGUGGGCCGAGCUUAACAUUUCUAAGCCUUGUGCUAAAGUUCGUCCUUGACCCAAUUGCCAUGACCAUCGGUUCCAUUGCUGUCGGACUCCGUGGUGACGUUGUUCGUGUCGCCAUUAUACAAGCUGCAGUACCACAAUCUAUUACUUCAUUUAUCUUUGCAAAGGAAUAUGGAUUGCAUCCCGACGUGCUCAGCACAGCGGUCAUUGUUGGAAUGCUGGUAUCUGUCCCUUUAAUAGUUCUAUUUUAUGUAGGAUUAGAGGGCCUUUGA